AUGAGCGUAGACAGUGUGUUCAUGGAUGCUUCCGUGCCACGCCCUGGGAAGAGAGCAAAGUGUAAACAUGGUUCUCUGCUAGACCUGGCGUCGAGGAGAGAACUGCCAGCGGGCCCCAGUAGCCUUCAGGAGAUGUUCAGUUUUGCCUCAGAGAUCUUGAAGACAUGUUUCAGAGAUGCUGAGUGUGAGAAGAGGUUCCGAGCCUUGCUGCAGCACGGUGUCGUAGAGAGCAGUGACUACAGCGGUGUGUUUGCAGAAAGGCAGGCGAAGGCUAUGCUUUUCCAGACGCUUGAAGAAGAUUAUGGUUGCCGUGUGCAACACACGGUAACCAGAAUGUGCGACAUUGACAGGAAUUGCCAACAAGUCUUAGCGCAUGCGUCUGAAAAUUUAGAUUCAGGUUCCUCCUGUGUGUUUUUUGACAUUCGGGAAUUAGUUCUGCGUGAAGCGCAAGACUGCCUCCACCGGAUGGUGCCUGGCAGAGAUGAACCUCCGGCUGACCGCAAGCUGAAGUAUGAUGAGAUGCGCAGAUGGUUAUUCCAAAACGGCAAUUUGGCUGUGCGCCAGGAUCAUGUGGCAAAUUGUUUCAUGCACAACAAGCUCUGCCAAGUCCACAGGCCCCGGGAGGAGCUGCAGAACCCUGCAGCGCUGGUUGUCAACUCAGCAGGCACAUGCUGUCAGGCCUGGAGUCCUGAAGGGGGCCGCUCGCGGCAUGCGCACGACUCGAUGCACCCCCUAGCAAUCUGGUUAACUCAGCGUCGAGAGCUUGCUCAGCAGCAGCAGGAGAGCAUGUUUUUUCAGGAAAAUGUGCCGUCCUUCGACGUGCACAAGUGCAUCGUGAAGCCCCUGGAGGACACCCACGACGUGCUUUAUGUUCACACAGGACCGCGGACUUUCGGAUGGCCUGCAAACCGACAUCGACUCCUGACAGCAGGACUCUCAAGACAGGAGCUGGUCUGGGUCGGACCAGACACCCAGGAAGGAAUCCAGCAGCAGUUUGACAGCAUGUUCAGCAGGAGGUGCCUCUUGACAGGCUCAAUCUUCUUUCAGGCCAGCCAAGAUGACAUUGCAAGCUGGGCCCAGGAGCUUGCUGACAAGCGCUUCAGGGGCAACAGCCAGCCACUUCCAACCUCAGGCCGAGGUAUGUUGACUGCAUGCCUCAGCCCCGGACAGCUGCAACGGCUGGAAGCUUACAAGAAGGUUUACCUGCAGCGGUGCGCCCUUGAUGGCACCAUGCUCGCCGACUUGGACCACUGGCCGGACUCCCCGGGCCCAGCCGCUGGCCCCAACUUCCCCACGUUGUUGCGGCAUGGGUGCAUUGUAGAUUUGAACAGGCCUGAAAGGAUUGCUCAGAACGUAGACAGAUGGCUGUCCUUGGGCUUCCCAGUUGCGGAUUCUGCUACGACAAGAAGCCCGGCCGCAGGCACGUUGCGCUGUUGGAGCAAUGAGUUCCUAGAUGAGGAGGCUGAGGAUGUUCAUGUCCCCCCCGCGCUGCCGCUCGCAGACGCUGCCGCCGUGGCCGUGGUUCAGCCGCCCAACGCGGCUGUGGCCUUGGUCCCGGCCGGUGCAGCUGAGCCUGCAGCUGAACGUCCCCGCAAGAUAAGCUCGAGGGGGAACAUAGCCUUGGAACACUAUGCAGUGAUGGACGCGAUGCCGAAGGAAGCUCUUCCGGCAACCAGACCGAGGGGUGCCCAUCAAUACACCCUGACCUAUGAUUGCAGGAUCUCCAUUCAGGUUUGCCUGAAGCUCGGGCAGUUCCGUGUGAAGUCUAGAGACUGGCCACAGGAGCUUUCGUUUCCCUUCAGCGCAUGGGGUGUUGCCUAUGCUUGGGCAAAAGCAGAGUCAGCGGCCCAGCAGUGGAAGGAGGAAUUUCGCCGCCUCGGGGGCCGUGCUGACCAUGCUCAUGCUGAUGGUGAAGUCCGCAAUCAAGUGGAGAACGCCGCCAACCAGUGA